UAUAUUUAUGCCUUAUGCAACGCGAGCAUGAUAUGAAAACAACGACGCACACUUCACGAAUAUAAUCGGCGUAGACGAUGCGGCGACCAAGAAUCGAUUCGCUUAUUUUCAAUACCUGUCUUUUUACUAUUAUCGUCUGUUGUGUAAAGAACUCGUUCGGUGCGAGCUCAAAUCGCUUCUGUAACAAGUCAAUCUCUACAAUUACGCCAACUAAACACUGUAUCAUUUGUCCUAUCAAUGCCGCGUUGAUCCGUUGUCCGUCUGGCACGACCCAGCUCACAAGUCAUGGCAUAUUAAAGUGUAUUUUGUCAUCAAAACUAUACGGUUGUGUACAUUUAUGCAAGACUACGACCACGAAAAGAGUUUGUUGUAAAGACCAUUGGGGAUACGAUUGUAAAGAAUGUCCUGGUUUGGAGUCUGGAAAACCUGCUUGCUUCGGAAACGGUCAAUGUGCAGAUCUGGAUUAUGGAAAUGGAACAUGUACUUGUAAUCCCGGUUUUGAAGGAUAUGCAUGCGAACUUUGUUCUAAUACAAGUAGAUAUGGCGAGAAAUGUGCUAAAGAGUGUACAUGCAAACACGGUCGUUGCGACAGUGGAGUUUUAGGCAAUGGUACUUGUAUUCCAUUAACUUGCGACCUUGGUUAUCAUGGAGUGAAUUGCGAUCAAUUCGAACCCAAGUGCAACAAAAGUUGUCAUAACUACUCGCAUUGUUUUGUCAAUGGGGAAUCCAAGGAUUGCAAAUGUAAUCCUGGCUAUACUGGCGAUGGUCUACAGUGCGAAGAAAUUGAUCCUUGCGCCCAACCGAACGUCAGUUGCCCCCUUAAUGCAGUAUGCAGUAAAACAGGCCCAGGUCGCUACAAGUGCAAAUGCGCACUGGGAUUUACUGGAGACGGUGUUGUAUGCACGGCUAUUGAUCCUUGUCAAAUCAGCAUGGGAAAUUGUUCGAAAAAUACACAAUGUAAUUAUUUGGCACCUGGAAAGUCAAACUGUUCCUGUUUGCCGGGAUAUGGAAAUUACAUUGUGCAAGCUGGUUGUGAUAUCAUCAAUGAAUGUGACUUGAACGACUGUCGAACUUUUGGUGCGGAAUGUUUUAUGUCAGCUCCUGGUGUCAAAGAGUGCCGUUGUAAAAAUGGUUAUGUUGGGAACGGAACAGUUUGUUAUGGAUCGAUUUUAGAGAAAGUUAUAGAUUUACAUGCGACAGGCCCUUACAAGAACAAAUUAAGAAAUAUCCAGACCAUCAUCAAACAUCAUGCAGACUUGACGCUGGCCUUCGCCAAACGAGGGCCCUUCACCGUUUUCCUUCCAACAGACGAUGGACUGAACAAGGCAUUUACUAGUCGGGAUCUUUACGCCAUAAUUGGGGACUCACAGAUGGUGCAUGAUUUAGUCAUGGCACACUCUGCUGCUGCGUUUUUACCAUCGAGCUUGCUACAACAAAAUGGCCAACUGACCACUUUAAAGGGAUUUCAGGCCAUGGUGUCGGUGGCCAAGGAUAGGCGUUUGUCUUAUCAGCUGAAUAAUCGCUCAGAAAAGCCCAAUAUAUUGUCGCCGGAUAUUUUUGCUUCAAAUGGUGUCAUCCACGUGAUCGAUGGUGUCGCAUGGAAACCAGACUUGACCAAAACUUCACGAACGUCGAAAACCCUUUGGCAGAUGAUCAGCGAUCUACCAGAAGCUCAAACAUUCAAAGAGCUUGUCGAGAUAGCACGUAUGACGUCUGUCUUUCAAACCUCUUCGAAUGGUUCGACAGUGAUUGCCCCGGUGAACGAAGCGUUCGAACGUUUGGACAACGAAACCAUGUCAUACCUACAAUCACCCACAGGCCGUGUGAAACUCGAGGCUAUUAUAAAAAAUCAUGUCUUCCCUUCAAAGUUUGGUGUUAUCGAUAUUUCUCGACUGUCUUCUCUGACUUCGCUUGCACCAGAGACGGUUUCUGUGACGGUUAAUGAAAAGGGAUCGGUGAUUCUGGGCAACGUUUCAAGGCUCAUAAACAGCAACAACAUAGCGUCAGAUGGCUAUCUUCAUCUCGCCGAUAACGUAUUACUGCCACUGUUUGUUCUUCCGAUCAUUCAAAAGUUUUGUGAUAAUAGGACUAAAUUAGGUCCAUGUCGGGAUUGUGGUUUGACAGCGCUUUAUCCACGAUGUCCCAACGAAUAUGUUCCCACGGGAGAAACUCGGACGUGUUCUUACUACAGAAAUACUGGGUUCAGUGAUGCAAAAAAUUCUGGUUGUAGAGCUGUAUGUAAACCUAAGAGAAGGAAGUGCUGUGAAGGUUUUUAUGGGAGUGACUGUCUUCCCUGUCCGGGUCCUAUCGGCAAUCCAUGUUUUGGAAACGGAAAGUGCUCCAGUGAGACUGGUAUCUGUAAGUGCAAUCUUCGCUUUGCAGGAACUGCUUGCGAGCUUUGCAAAGACAACAGAACGUUUGGAUUGGAGUGUAAAAGAAAUUGCUCUUGUGUUCAUGGCACCUGCGACAACGGCCCUAAGGGCAACGGUUUUUGUGUUCCCGGUACUUGUAAAAGAAGGUACAGCGGAAAGGACUGUGGGCUUGUCCUUAAACCUUGCUAUCGUGCAUCUAGUCGCCGUCUUAAGUUUUCUUUGUGUCAUGCGCAUGGACGAUGCUACCUUCAGAAUUCUAAGCCGACCUGUGUAUGCUUGCCUGGAUACCGGAAAGUCGGCAGCUCAAGUUGUUACGAAAUAAAUCCAUGUCUGAGAAAGGAUAGAGGCGGGUGUCAUCAAAAUGCAAUCUGUAGGAAAACGAGACCUGGCCAAAACACGUGUACCUGUAAUGUCGGGUGGACUGGUGACGGCUUUUAUUGCGUACCAAUCAAUUACUGCAUAAUGCCAUCGAGGGGUCAUUGUCAUGGCAACGCCAAAUGUACGUUCACCGGCCCAGCACAGGUAAAAUGUACAUGCAACAGAGGCUAUGAUGGUGAUGGUACGAAGUGUCAGGAAAAUAAUCCGUGUUUAAGACUCAAUGGAAAAUGUUCACCGUUGGCGACGUGUGUGAAGACCGGACCUGGAGAAAGAAAUUGCAUUUGCCAUCCGGAAUAUCAUGGCGAUGGAAUUACGUGUCGUCCCACGCUUUCCUUAAAAGUCAAAAGAGAGGCUAAACUACGGAUUAUGUCAAAAUAUAUAACGAAAUAUAAUCUCCUGCGGUACAUGAUCCGUAACGAAUCUCUAACGUUUUUCCUGCCGUCGGAUGAUGCCAUCAAGAAUGCCAAUGAAACAGCCCAACGUCUGUUGGAUUCAUUCUGGAAUUUCUUCGUUUUUGGAGGUGUAAACGCUGCUCCCGGUCAAUAUACAUAUUCGGACUUGAAGAACCGUUCACUGACUCAUUUGCAGAGCUGGUUUCUAGAUUUUAACAUUACGAUCAGUCAUACGGAAUCUGCUGAGCCACUCAUUGGAGGCAGUGCAAAGAUUAUAAAGCCAGAUAUCAAAGCAACCAAUGGUAUCAUUCACAUUGUUGAUAAAGUGUUGGUGCCAGAUGUGGCUUGGAGGAAUGUCACCAAAGAAUCUGAUUUGUAUGAAUUUCUUUGCGUACAAGAAAAAAAAAGUUUCUCUCAGUUUUGUAAAAAAAUUGAGGAACAUAAGCUUACGGGCAACUUUAAAAACUGCUCAUUUUGCACCGUAUUUGUUCCCACCGACCAAACACUCAAUGUACUUCACUGGACACAUUGGGAUGAAUUGAAAAAGGAAGACAUUUUGUUCCAUGCGACAGAUAAUUAUAUUCGAGAAUUUUCCGUUUUGAAAAAAGGUCAGCAAUUUUCUACUCUGGCAGGAACAUACUAUAAAGUAUUUUUACAAAAGAAGAACAAAACGGUCUACAUAAACGAUAUUAAGGCUUCAUUAUACAAGACGAAGCAAACUUACGUGGUUUAUAGCAUCACAAAGGUUCUCCGUGCUGUGGAAAAUACUUGCUUCAAACGUAUUAUUCUUCGCCAAAGGAUGAAAUGUCAGCCUUGUACUUUCAGUCGGAUAAACUGCCAAAAUGGAUUUUUUUUCGAGAGAACCACUCUUUGUUACUUUCAAGCGUUUGGUCGCAGAAGGGUUGGUUGUCAAACGUUAUGCGUUAAACUUUUUCGGAUUCCACAAUGUUGUCCAGGGUUUUAUGGUUUUGCAUGUUCUGCUUGUCCCAAUGUUCAUGGUAAAGUAUGCAACGAUCGUGGGCAUUGUGACGACAAACAAACUGGCAGCGGGCAUUGUAAUUGUACUGGCAAUUUUGAUGGUGUUGCGUGUGAAAUGUGUAAAAAGGGCUACUGGGGACCGAAUUGUGACAAAAAGUACCUUCCGUGUGGUCAUGAACAAUGUCCCGAGCACUCCAGUUGCGGAAAAGAUAAUUCAACUUGUAAAUGUGACAGUGGUUUCAACAUGACUAAUGGAGUAUGCCAACGUAAUAUUACGUGCAAAGACAACCUUAGUGAUUGUUCACCCAAUGCCAAGUGUAAGCACAUCGAUAAAAGUCCCUGGACAAAAUGCAGCUGUAAAACUAAUUACCAAGGAGAUGGUUAUGUGUGUCAAGGCGUUAACUUAUGCUCGAAUAAGUCAAGAACACCAUGUAGUGAAAAUGCCACGUGUGUCUAUCUUCGUCCCGGUCGGGCUGCAUGUAAAUGUCCCUACGGAUAUACUGGAAGCGGCUUAAAGAAUACCAAAUGUAUGCCUAUUGAUCGUUGUGCAAAUGAUAAUGGCGGUUGUAGUUUCAAUGCGAAGUGUUCCUUCGAUUUCGUUUCCCUUAACACAACUUGCAAAUGCCUGCCAGGCUUUAUUGGUGAUGGCUACACAUGCACAGGAAAUGCUAUCGAGGUUAUACAAAAUGAUCCAGACUUAAGCGAAUUUCACUCGCGUUUAAUGAGUUCGUCGAUCACAAACGCUCUCGGUCCUGAGAAUCAUUACACGUUAGUUGUUCCUCAUAACAAAGCGUUUUCAUCCCGACGACGAAAGCGUCAUAUUGUGGAUGAAUCCGACAUUGAUCUUAAUCAAUACAUCAUCAGUUGUGUUGUACUCUCCGUCGAAGAUUUGAAUUCUACCAAUCAAAUUUUCACCACACUCGACGGCUCAAAUCUUGUCAUCACUGCGCCAAUGGUUAUCAAUAACACAAUUCGCAUCCAAAAUGUGACAGUUAUAGCAAACAGUGCCAUAUUGAUCGUUGAUGAACUUCUUCGUGCUCCCGUUCAAAGGAAAAACCACUCCCAUCAUCACAUGACUUUCAUGGAAGCAGCAAUGCACCCUAAUAGGAAAAGAAACUACUCUAUGUUUGUCAAUCUUCUAAAUAAAACAAUCAUUUUAGAUAGGUUACCAUACAAGCGACCUCACACAAUGUUUUGGCCGACAAACGAGGCCAUCACGAGCCUGCCCGAAGAUAUUCGGUCGCAGUUAUUUAAUAACAUGGAAUACGCUCGGAAGAUCAUCUCGUAUCAUAUCAUCGAUGGAACAAACGUGACAGCAACCGAGGUUCUUGGUUAUGCUGGCGGUUUGUGGAGGAAAACGCGCGCGAGAUCAUCUGUUUUUGUGUCGUGCAUGGGAGGCAAGGGUGAUUUCUACGUGAACGGACGAAGUCGAAUUGUGGAACGCGAUAUAACCUUCUUGGAAGGUGUUGCUUUUGGAAUAUCUCAAAUGUUGCUACCCGCAGGAAUCGCGGGAAGAUGUGACAAAAUCGUUGACGAAAAAUUCAAGGGAAGGUGUACUGCUUGCUUUGAUUUUGGAUCCUGUCCACCCGGUUCGACUUUGUUGGGUGUUACGAACUCCUCGUGUUUCAAUGAAAAAAGCAUCCUUGGUUGUUCGUCACUGUGCACUAGACGGAAUACGACCCGAGAAUGUUGUAAACAUUUUUAUGGCGCCGACUGUCAAGCGUGCCCUGGCGGACUAACACCAUGCUCAGGAAUUGGUGAAUGUAAUGAUGGAUUGAGCGGAAAUGGAACUUGUUUCUGUCACGAGUCUCAUUUCGGACGAAACUGUGAAAAAUGUGGCUCAAAUGUAUCAAAAUGUAUUGAAGCCAAAGCAGAGGUGUGCUCAGACCGAAAGUAUCCAUGUUCGAUAUUUGCUUCGUGUGACAUAACACGUCCACAGAUGUGUCAAUGUACAAACGGUUACGAAGGGGACGGAUACUAUUGCCAAGAAAUCGAUAGAUGUUUGAAGAAUAAUGGGGGGUGUAAUGACAAUGCAGUUUGUCGAUAUGUCGGACCGAAUCUUACACGAUGUGAGUGUCGAUCUGGCUUCGUUGGCAACGGUAUUGACUGUUUAGCGUUACCACCCGAUCAUCCAUGUUUAGUAAACAACGGAAAUUGUGAUCCGCGAGCUUUUUGCACCGACGAAGGUGGUCGAGCCAAAUGCCGCUGUCCAAAAGAUUUUAUAGGCGAUGGGUAUUACUGCUCUGGAAGUUUGAUGAGUAUCAUAGACUAUGUCGAAGAACUCAGCGAUUUUUCUAAGGCUUUCAAGCAGUUGCCCCAUGGUGGAGCAUAUCACUUCAAGCUACUUUUGUCUGGUAAACAGGAGUACACAGUUUUCGCUCCCAUUAAUUAUGGCCAUGUUAAGAAAAUGAACUUAGAUCUUGUAAAGAACCACAUUGCGAAAGGAUAUAUCUGCCUCCCCCCUGGUCAGACAAAAGAUGUCCAAACUCUGAAUGGGACUCAUUAUACUCUUUCUUAUUCUAAGGACGGAAAGACAAUGAAGAUCCAAAACUUUGCGAAAGUGAAGUACGAAAUUCCCGCUCGCAAUGGCAUGAUUUACGUCAUUGAUCACGUGCUAGUGCAUCGUACAGUACAUCCACACAAUCAAGAAGUUCCAGUACCCAAGCCAACCACGCCCAGCACGAGAAGUCCCCCAAAAGCUUCAAAAGACGUCAAAACAAGUAAAUAUAUGAUUAUUGGCAUUGUCUUGGGUGUCGUUGUGGUUGCUCUUAUCAUUGCAAUCACGAUUUUCAUGUUGAAGCGAAGGCGCUCAUACAACAUCAAGUAUCAAAAGGAUUUCCGAAAUCCACGCCGUGAUCACAAUGGCCGAGCAGAUGGGGAUUGCACAAGUGGUGGCGACGAAUAUGUGCCCCAAAGGCUAUGGCAUCCAUCAGCAGAGCAGGGAGAUACACUCCGCAAUCCAAUCUACAUUGGAGACGACUCCCCUGAUGACGCAUUAGACUUCGAAAUGACAGAAAGCAGUGUCGCACCGCUGACUGAGUAUGAUGCUGUUUCACUUUCGAAGAAGCCCAAGUCCUAGUCCAGCUCAUACUUGCGACAAGUUAUACUUGGUCUAUUUCCAAAUCGCAACAUUUAACUUUGUGGUAUUUUUUCUUUUUAAUGUAGUUACUAGUAUUGUAUUUUUUGUUAUUGACUCUAUUAUUUUAACUGUACAAUUAGAAUUCUUAAUAAUUUUUACGUUGCGUUUAUGCCAUCCCUUCAAACUUCUAUUUUCAAUAAUUUUUGGACUAUAUUGUAACAAUUGCACAAUUGAAAAUGCUAGUUUUCAAUAAUUUGAAUGCAUUGAAUACAUAACAAGAAAAAUA